AUGGCUUCGAACGAGGGCAAGCUCGCAAUGACCUCGCGCGAGAUAGAGGAUCUCGAUGCGCCGUUGCCAAUCCUCAUUGCUUUCCUCCUCGCAACGCUCGAGGCCUUCCUGCCGCACUUCAACGAGGUUCGCGAUAACCUGCGGCCGGCAUUGCAGGUACUGGACGAGAUUGAAAGGAUCAGGCUGCGCAAUGUCGACGCUGCACGAAACGCACUUGCGCUUGAUCAGACUGCCACCACGGGCCUGGGUGCCCGCAUCAGGCAGGACAACGCUCGAACGCGGCUCAUGAAGAUAGCGGAUGCCGAAAACUCAGCCGCCAUGGCAGACAGAUGGCUUCAUCUGUCAAUUGGCUUUCGCCAAGCACAUGUCUACCGAGCCAUGCUUGAUACAGCGACACCGGAUCUGCCCGGUAUCGUGAGCCUCAUCAGAGCCUACUUUAUGCCCGCGACGGGCUCGCUCUACUCAGAAGUGGCCGAGGAGCAACGCAAGCAAGUGCGACACUGUGGUAAAGCAGCCAGCCGCGAUCUUACUCUCGUUCAUCAUGACCGAAGCAAAGAAGGCAUCGUACACGCGGAAGCGAAAAUGUCGAAUCCAAAGAUGCUGCUGGACACCUUGAUCAAGCAUUAUCUACAAGACGUUGGCCGGCAGCAAGAGGUUCUGGACGACAUCUUUCUUGCCACUGUAUACCCACGAGAUGACUCGGAAAGAUCAGAUAUGUCGAUAUUUGACCAGGUGGAACGAGUAUUGGAUAGCAUGCCACCCCUUUCAAAGCCUUGGCUUCGUAGCCUGCCCGAGGAAUACGAUGUCAGUAUUGUGCCGAAACAUGCCAUACCUCAGAGCGCACUCUGUCGUUUGCCGUGGAAUGAGACGAGGUCCCUAUUUCCCGUCGGUUUCAUUAUUCAAUCAGGUCAAGCCGCUCCGCUCAGACCACCGUCCAUGACGCGCAAUAGAUCGCGAUCCAUGUCGCCCCUUAUCCCGACUACUACCAUCGAGAAUGUGCAGCUCGAAUCACCCACUGAAAAGCGCUCCGUCGACGACAUUCUACCGUCUUUCAACGAUACUUGGCAUCGCAUUCUGUCCGGCGAUACGCAAGCUCAACUCAUGCCAAGGCACACGAUCAUCGAGCCUAUCAUACCCUCCAAUACCGAUGCUGCCAAGGUGACCGAGGCGUUUGCGGCGAAAAACCAGCUCAAAUUGAACGCUCGUCGGCAAGGCCAGCCGCGCGCAAACCUCUUUCCCCUCGGCUGGGAUCCAGCUGCGAAUCGCGCGCUCGAUUCACUAGCUGCACGGGACAUCUUCACCCCUGCAGUCGCAGCACUGAUCGAUUCUGGCACGUAA